AUUUGGUAGCUUUAGUGAUAUUUCUUACAGCGUUAGUGUGCAGUUUUCAUUGCUUGCGCCCAUGCAUCCAGCACUCCUCCAAAAUUAUAUUGAAAACCUCAUCGGUGUUUGGUUUGGCCAAAAAGGCUAAAUUAUUUGAUGCCUCAGUAGCAACAUAGAGCUCUAAGGAUGUGUAAAUUACAGUGAAACAUUUAGAGGUUUUUAGGUUUUGGGGCGGGGGGAGCCAUAUGUCCACAUAUAUACAUAUGUAUAUGCAUAUUGGCUUGAUACUUCAAGAUGUCCUUCCUUGUUGCUAGGAGACCGAGCUCAGUGCCAACAUUCUUGUCAACUCCAAUAUGGCAGGAUUGACUUUGACCGGUGAUUGUGACCAGAGAGACGGUAUACUGAAACUGUCCAGUAUUGUGGCUGGUGCCAGAAAGGUGAACCUGCGCAUAGUUGGCAACUUGAGAACUGACGAGUCCCUUUGGGAGAUCUGGAAUUCGUGUGGUUUCUGGGUAGAGUGGAGCUCAGUGGCUCAAUGUGUCCUGCAGCACCUUAAAAACCUUGAGAGGUGGCGGGCGGAUCCAAACAGAGAGGUCUUUGCAUUUUGUAUAGAUGAUGAUCAGCUUGUUGACACUGUGGAGAACGUUGCCAGACGAGGCUGGAAUGUGGAGAUUUGGUGUUGGAGAGCUUCAUGUCCCAUGUUGGUAGAAGCUACCCGCAAUGUUUCACACCUGACCAGUCGCGUGAAAAUUUGUUGCUUAGAUGACUUCAAUUCCUGGCUCGGUAGCAGCGGAUCGCCGCUUGCAGAAAUUCCCAGGGCAGAGCUACACGAGGAACCUUAUGGGUUUUUGAAUGAACGUCAGCCAGAUCUGUGUGCAAUUUGUCUUUCUGAAGAAGCGAUUUUUUCUUUGAAGCCUUGCAAUCACCGUGUAUUGUGCAGAGCUUGCUUGGGACCCUGGAUGGAACAGCGGCCAGAGCCGGCAUGCCCUUUGUGCCGGAGGCCAUUCUGUCACAUCAGCUAAGCACUAAGCAAG